AUGGCUGCUGAUAUUAUAGUUCCUAUCAUUGUGGAUCAACCUGUUACUCGAGAAAGAUUAAUACUCCCAUUGGAUACUGUUGACGAAACAUUAUUAUAUACAUUUAAGACAUUGAUAAAGAAAUAUAAGAAGCAGAUGGGUGAUACUAAUGACGUUUGCAUUGUCUCUGGGGGACUUCAACAGUACCUCAACAAACAGAAGAAAUCUGGUGCGGAGGAAAUCAAGGCUAAAAAUGGAUUAACUUUCAAUGAUUUGCCGGUUUAUGUAAAGCUUCAGAUAUUUUCAAAUUUGGAUGCCAUUCAGUUGUGCCGAAUAUCAAGAGUGUGUCAAGAAUGGUAUAGCUUAACAUCUGACAAUCUUCUAUGGGGCAAUGUAUUAGACAGAGACAUUCGUUUUUGGAAUGUGAUCGGACAUAGGACUAAUCCAGGACUGUACAUUGAGGUACAGUCUGAAUGGAGCAACAAAGAAAUAUACCUACGUUGUUCACCACAAAUUAAUCAUCUUAUGCAUGAAGACAAUGCAAUAUUUAGCAGUUUUACCAAUAUGAUUCGUUCCUUUUUACCUAAAAAGACUCCUAAGAUUGCAAUGUUUGGACCUGGUUUGGAAUCGGACACCAGUGCAAUUGUUAGAAACAUGCUGUACGAGCAAUCACAGCAACUGGAAAGAGUAGGGCUUGUUCCUGGGCAGUGUGAUGGAGUAGGUUCAGGUUGGUGUCUGAAGAUGCAGAAUGGACAAGUCUUCCAGCUAUCAGUGUUGUACUCAGCUUCAAAGAAAGUUCGUUUAGAGAGGCGGAAUAGGCUUCAGAAUAACAGUCUGUUGGAGGUGCGGACAGACCAGGAUGGAGUGGAAACGGUGGAACUCAAGCCAGCGGUUAGAGAUUUCUGUCGCACUGUGGAUGCCUUUAUCUAUGUUGUGGAUGCAUCCCAAGGAAAUAGCUUUGUGAAAGAGGACAAGGCUGAAUUGUUUGCCAUGGUGAAUGAGAGAUGGUCAGCUACUCAUGUCCCCAUCUUGGUACUGUCCUGCAUUCCCAACAGUCAGCAUCAGAGAGUUCCUUGUGUAGAUGUUGUCAAAGCAUUAGAAAUCUCAGCCAUUAAUAGACCCUGGCAGGUACAUGAUGUUGAAGCAGAGACUCUAAAGGGCAUUAUUCCAAGCAUUCAGUGGUUAGUGAAACAGUCACAAAGACGAUGAUCUUCAUCUAACAAUUGUCCCCAAUUCCUGAUGUGUGGUCUUUACACACUUAUGUGCCUUGGUGAUCUCCCACGGUGUGUUUCCGGUAAACACAUCAACCCGCACACUCAACUGAAAUACUCCCUGAACUAUUCAAGGAUAGACCACACUUGUGAUCAGCAGUUUUGCUGUAUCCAUCUUUUCACAAGAUUGUGAUUUGUUAUAUACACUUAGAAACAGAAUUAUUUGUAAACAUUAUAAAUAUUUAUAGUUAAUAUGAAACAGUGAUGGUUUGAGGAAUUAGCUUCUCUGUAUGUACAUGUAUCUUGGGAUGACCUAAAAAGCAACACAUUACAUUAUUAUAUCUAGCUUCAACAAACUUCUAACAUGUUUGCUUACGCCAAUUUUUUUUUUAUUUCAAGGUUUACAAUCUUCCUAUAUGUACCAACAUUUUUGGUUUUUAGAACAGGAAAAAGAGAUUUUUUUUACUUUAUCAUAUUUGAUUUUGAAAUGCUGUUAUUGAAUCUUAAUUUCAUUUCCUCCUUCUAUGAAAUUUCAUUAUUUUUGUGUUCAUAAACCUAUAAAUAAGAAAAAGUAAUCAAUGAUUUACCAUUAUCACUCAAAUUUUAAGCUUUUGUGUUUUUUACUCAUUUUAAAAAUUAAAUACAAUCUAAACCAUCUAAUGAAAUGUAAACAAAGUGCAUGAAGUACUUGAAAUGUGAGACAUGUAAAAAUCUCAACCAAAACGUAAACAAUCUAAUUAGAAUUAGAUCCGCUCACCUAUGAUCGCUUACACAAAAGCGAUCCUAGGUGAACAAAUCCAAGGAUCUAAUUUUAAUUGGACUGAAAAAGAACCUAGUUAUGAACACAUAUAUAUACUGAUAAAAUCUCAACCUCUCUAAUCAUUAUUCCCACCAAUGUAUAAUACAAUUUUGUACUCAUGAAAUAAAUAUAUAUAUUUUUUACAAC